AUGCUCAUCUCGGACGCGCCCGGAACGACAGCUACUCCUAGGGCGCAUCUGGUCAACAUGGCAGGCCUCGAGUGCAUGCGUGAUCUUGGCCUCGAAGACGAAUGUCUGCGUCUUGGGAACCGUGGCGACGCUCUCAACUCGAUUCGUUGGUGCUAUUCUAUAACGGGGGUGGAGUAUGGACGAAUCCAUGCUUGGGGUGCUGGGCCGGCAAAGAUGGGCGAAGUGGCCGACGUCAGUCCCUGUGCGUCUCUGGAUCUCCCACAGACUUAUCUCGAGCCGAUACUGGUUCGAUAUGCGACGACGCACGGCGUGAAAUGCCUCUUCAACACGUGUUUCGCAGAUCUUGAACAAGACCUGCAAGGAUGUGUGACCAGUGCCGUGAACAAGGUGCUCGGCCAGAAAUUCAAGAUCCGAUCCCGCUAUGUGUUUGGCUGCGAUGGAGCAAGAAGCCCAGUGGCAGCGCAGAUCGGGCUUUCGUAUAAUGUCCAGCCUUCAGGAGGCGUCGCGUACAACAUUCUGUUCAAUGCUGACUUGGGCGACAUCAUGAAACAUCAAACUGGACACCUGCAUUGGAUAAUGCAGCCAGACACGGACCUCGAACACGGAAUCGCACCCGUGUUGCGGAUGGUCAAACCAUGGUAUCAAUGGAUCCUGGUGGUAUUUCCCAAGCCAGGAAUGGACAUCAAAGCUUUCGGCUCCUCCCAAGAAGCCACUAAUCAGGUCAACGAUCUGCUCAAGGCGGUGAUAGGUGAUGACAAAAUUCCGUUUGAGGUGGUGGACAUUUCAAGUUGGCGGAUCAACGAGACGGCGGCGGAAUCGUAUUCCAAGCAGAAUGUGUUUUGCCUUGGCGAUGCAGUCCACCGACAUCCCCCUAUCUUUGGCCUUGGCAGCAACACCUGUAUACAGGACGCCUACAACUUGGCCUGGAAAGCUGCGCUGGUCGUGAAAGGGAAGGCAUCUCCAUCCUUGCUGGACACCUACAACACGGAGCGGCAACCCGUCGGCCAAGAUCUGGUGAAGUGGUCAAACGAGCUUCUACGCAACCACGCGACUGUCUGGGGAGCAAUUGGUAUGUUUGGGGAGACGAAGGAAGAGCGGAUCAGGGCCAACAGGGAACUCUCGGAGGUUUCAGAGGCCGGCAAGGUGCGCCGCCAGCAGCUCUUUGACGCUCUAGAGCGACACCGCGGCGAAGGUGACAGUGUGGGCAUCAUGAUGAACCAGUGGUAUAUAUCUGGUGCCAUAUAUCUGGAAGACGAGGAGGUGCCUCAAGCCCCAUUCACCGGCAACUACCUCACCCAGGCCCGGGUCAGUACGUACCCUGGCAACCGGCUACCGCACGCGUGGCUCAGCAAGGAUGUGCCCAGCAAGGAGAUUUCCACGCUCGACCUGGCCGGGAAGAGUGGGUUUGCGCUAUUCACCGGCCACGGUGGAGACGCCUGGAAAGCUGCAGCCAGGACGGUGGGGGACAAGCUUGGAAUCCCCAUUAAAGCGUUCGCAAUCGGCUUUGGACUCGACUACGCUGACAAAUAUCGCGACUGGACCAAGAGGAGAGAGGUCGACGAGGAUGGAUGUGUCCUGGUGCGACCUGACCGGUACGUUGCGUGGCGGGCAAAGCAGAUGAUGGCGCCGAUGGCGACCUCAUGCGAGGAAAAGCUUGAGCAAGUCUUGAGAUCGAUCCUGUCGCUCUAG